CGUGGCGUAACCCCGCUCCUCCUGUUGUACAGUGUGUGCUAACGGCAGAAAGCCGCAGGUUUAAUCGUUACGAGAAUUUUGUUGUUUGAUAAAUUCUCCUGCCGCCGCCAACAUGAUUUCCCUCACGGAUUCACAGAAAAUUGGGAUGGGGCUGACGGGGUUCGGUGUGUUUUUCCUCUUCUUUGGGAUGGUGCUGUUUUUUGAUAAAGCUCUCCUCGCCAUUGGAAAUAUCCUGUUUGUGGCCGGCCUCUCCUUCGUCAUCGGCCUGGAGCGGACGUUCAGGUUCUUCUUCCAGAAACACAAAGUGAAAGCCACCAGCUUCUUCCUGGGGGGGGUGCUGGUGGUCCUGAUCGGCUGGCCGAUUAUUGGAGUCGUUCUGGAGAUCUACGGUUUCUUCCUUUUAUUCAGAGGAUUCUUCCCCGUGGCGGUGGGCUUCAUCAGACGAGUACCCGUGCUCGGAUCUUUGCUCAGUUUACCAGGGAUCAGUCGACUGGUGGAUAAAAUUGGGGAGAGCAACAACAUGGUAUAACGGAGGACCGUGUUUGUUUCGAGGAGAGUUUCAGUAUUUAUCAUAGCUUCUAAUGGUGACUGUAUAUUUUGGUCAUUGCCACUCCAGAACUGUGAAUCCAAACAACCUGUACGUUUGACUGACAUCUAAUGUUUUGUAUCUGACUGCCAAGAGAUUUUUUUAAUUUCAAAAGCUGGAAGCAGGUCUCCUAUUUUGUACCAUUCCUGUCUGAUAUGUAUGGACUGAUAACAUGGGACCACUGGAUGAACUCUGCGGAGAGUCAGGGGCUCUUUGAGGGUCCUCUCCUCCAGAUCGUGCCUCGACAGACACUGAGAGCUUUGUUACGAGUCCCUCGAUGACGUGUUACUGGAACUUUGUACAUUCAAGAAACUAAUGUUGAGAUAAAUGUUACCCAGGCGAAGAAACCUGAACUGUUGUGGAAAAGCUCUAAGAAGCUUGUGUUGGAGAUGUUUUACUGUACGUUUUGUAAGUGCAUACUUGGAAUAAAGUGUGUCUUUUAUA